AUGGCCACCGCCCCGCCGUCCAGCAUCGCGGCCACCCCUGCAGCCCCGCUGGUGGAAGCCGAAAAGGAGGACACCGCCUCAGCUCCGGCAGCCACGGGCCAAGCCAGCAUGACCCGGGGCAAGCCUAUGCAGGCCCGCAGAAGCCCAUCUGGGCCCGUGAGCGUGCCGCCAUGCCCCGCCUCGUCCCGCUCCGCUGCGCCACCGCCACGCCCCGGCCGCGUGCCACCACGUCAACCCGCAGCCCCGCCCGCCCUCGCUCGGCCUCCGGCCCUCAGCAUGGAGGCCUCCCUCCAAACCGCCGCGCUAGGAGCCGAGAGGGAUAGUCGAAGCAACCUUUGGGCGGUGUACGAUGACCUUUGA